AUAACCCUUCCCUGUUGAUAACACCUCCACGGUAUAUAAAAAAUGAAAAACUUGAUCAUUUGAAUCAGUUUUAUUAAGAUAUUAAGCAAAAUCCAAACAAAAAUUACAAUGGCAAUUAAGACUUUAUUUUUAGUCGUUAUUUUGGCUGCUAAUGUUAUUGAUUUCUCGAAGGGCAAUAAAGAUACUCAAUUAUCAGGUGUAAUUGACAUAGUUGAUAAUAUUCUACCAACACGCAAUCCUUGCAAUUGUCAAAAAGAAUUAGAUCGAAUAUAUGAUACACUCUGUGAAGUAUAUGAGGAUGUCACCGAGUUAAGCUGUGAAAUUGAUGAUAUAAAAAAAUACAUGGACAAACUAGAACAAAGAACUUGCCGACAAAAUUCCACUCUCACCUCACUUAAAGUUGAAAUUGAUAAAGUCAAGAAAAAUCAAACAAACACAGUAAAUUUGCUAAAGGUACAAACUACUGUACUGCAAAAAAUUAUCGUUAACUUAAAGAAAAUCGAAGAUGAAGACACUAAAAUACACAAACAGGUUGAUAAACAAACUGGCAGUAUACACUACUUAUACCAACUGGUAUUAAAUACUGUAAUUUGUUUAGGAAAGUAACGUUAGCUAAUAUAAUUUUAUUUAUUUAAAUUAUUUGUGCUGAUAUUCAGUGUAGGAAUUUAAAUGUAAAUCAUAUUAAAAAUAAAUUAUUUUUUGGCGUUUAA